GAAAUACGUCACGGCGAGACCCGCCCCUCGGGCGGUGGCAGUUCCGCCAUGAACAGCGUGGGCGAGGCCUGCACAGAGCUGAAGCGCGAGUACGACCAGUGCUUCAACCGCUGGUUCGCUGAGAAGUUCCUCAAGGGCGAGAGCGCGGGGGACCCCUGCGUGCAGCUCUUCAAGCGCUACCAGCUCUGCGUGCAGAAAGCUAUUAAGGAGAAGGACAUCCCCAUUGAAGGGCUGGAAUUCAUGGGCCCCAGCAAAGGAAAAGCUGAAGACUCCUCAUGACUUCAGUUGGACCGCACAGAACCAUUAGCUUGAUCUUUUGGCUCAAAAAAAAUCAUCUUACAAAAGACUAGAGGACAGCUGAUGGGAAGGUGGCUUUAAAUCGGCUGCUGCUUCUGUCUGUUUUUUUUAAAAAGCAAGGAGUCGUCUGUGCAAUUUUUUUAUGCUGAGCUGUGGGGCAAUUACUGUUUCAUUUGUAAUGAGCAUUGGUGGUGGUUUGCAUUCUGCAAUGUGAAAAACCUUUCAUUUAACUUCCUAAACAAAUGUACUUUGAACUGAGGAAUGCUUGUUAGGAUUGGUUUCUAUUUCUUAUUUAUAUAUUAGAUGAUUUUGAAUGUUAAGAUGAACGUGAAAAGGUGCAUGCUGCCAAAUUUUAGUGGGCUACUUCUUGGUUGAUCCUGGUUUUACUAAAUAUUAUGGGCUACAGCCUUGCCUCAUCCAUUGAAUUAUAGCAGUGUUUUAAAUGCUA